UGUUUCAGGAACUGCGUGUUUGACUGUAGGAGUUUAUACUGUGCAUCUGAAACCAAAACCGCAUCAAAGCUGACAUCAUUUCAUGAGCUCAUGAAGGAAGCCACUUGCAGCAACAACAGAUGAGAGUUACUUCGCGCUCUCUUCCUUUCUGAGAGAGAGGAGAUUAUCUGUGGCAAUGCAUUAACGUUUGUCUUGAUUCUGUCAUAACCGAUUGAUUUGUCUAUUUGCAAAGAUGGAACAAAAUCUUUCUGAUCUACUAAGUGAUGCAUUUUCAGAGACGUCUGUUCCAUCAUUUCCUGAUGGAGACUUGGACUUCGAGAAUUUGAAUUUUGACGAAAAGCUUGAGGAAGACGAGACAGACAUCUCUCAUGAAAACUCACCAGCAAAGGAAGACAGAGCUCUGCACCAGGAAGCAACUGGUGAAACUACAGUUUUGUCUAUCAUGAAGACUGAAGAUACACACAUGGCUGAAAAUGCAGUUGAGGAGCAGUCUGAUGAUGAUGAUGAUGAUGAUGAUGAUGAGGAGGAGGAGGAGGAGGAGGAGGAGGAGGAGGAUUUUCAAGGUGUCAGGGUCGGUCUCAUGAGCAUGGACAGAACACCAGAGGAGGAUUACGCAAGCUCCGAUGGAGAUUCUGAGCAGGAAGCCUCUGGAGAAGAUGAUGAGGAUGAGGAGGUGGAUAUGGGAGAGGAACCAGGGGAGUCGUUGAUGUCACUUUGCUGUGGCGGUGAGGAGAAGUCCUGCUAUGGUGGUAAAGAGGACAGGAUCUUUGCUGAGGGACAACCCCUGGCCCCAGAGGCUGCUGAAAACUCUCAAGUUAGAAACAAGGAGCAAGGUGAGAGCGAGAGAGACGAGGAGGCGUCCUACUUUGGGCGAGUCCCCGAACGUUGUGGUGAGAUGACGAUAAAAGGUGAUGGGAUUGAAGAGGAUGAGGAAGAGAGGGGAGAGGAGAAGCAAGACAGCUCAUCUGAUUCUGAGCGUGAGGCCGUGAAAGUCGAACAAGAGGAAAACACUCCUGCUCAGUGCCUUGAGCAGGAGGUUGAAAAUCCUUACAAAGUCGGGCCUGCAACAGCCAGUUUGGAGUUUCCAGAAAUAUCGGCGCAAAAUCUGCAGGAUCUCAUCGCUGAGGUUGAUGGUGAGGAAUACGAGGAGAAAAUGAAGGAUUUCUCUGGGGAGGAGCAUCAAGAGGCAGGUGAGAGCUUUGCAGAUUAUCCCUCAGACUUUUCUUCAUGUGAAUACGUCGAAGACGGAGUCAAAAAUCGAGAAAGUAAUUCCAAGUCGAACCCUGCCUUGCUUCAUAUGUCUGGCAGUGAUUCAAAUGCAAAGCAGAACGUCUGCCUGGAGGGAGCUAUGACAGAUAUAACAUGGAUGGGAAAGGAGGAGUAUGCGGAUGAGGAGGAAGAUGGGUAUCUGUACAGCAUAGAUUUGGAGAUGGAUGCUGAAAAGUUCCGGAGUUUCAAUGUGGCAGCUGGAGAAGAAGACGGAAAAAAAACAGAAAUUGUUGAGGAUGUGUCGGGCUAUUCAGCCGUUACAGCGAGUGAUGAUCAGACAAGUGAGAGUGAGUCCUACAGCUCCAGUGACGAUGAGGUCCAACACAGGAGGAGAGAUGAGGACCCCUCAGAUUGCACGUGUAUGCAAGAUCUGGAAAACAACAAGAAACUGGAGGACACUUGGCUCUACAGCGAGGGCAGCGCCGCAUUCUCCAGGUGGAGCAGCUCCGACAGUCAUCCAAUCACGAGCAGCAUAGCAGAUACAGCAGAUUUCAGCGUAAACUGGGAUUUCGACGUGUCAAAAACUGCUUCCCUUCUGUCUGAAGACCUGUUAACCACAGAAGACACAGAUAAAACGGAAACACCUCUUUCAGAUGUGAGUCAGCGUCCUGCAGAAGACAUCAACAGCUACUCUGUGGUACAGAGAGAGGAUGGCAAAACAACAAGCCCCUCUUACCAGGGAUCCGUGGAUGACAGCUUCUUCUUCAACACAGGACUUGAGGCCUCAGAGGUCACCGAGCUGGGGCAACUGGGAGAUGACGAGUAUGAGGAGGAGGAGAGGAACUGGGAACAAGAGCAGGAGAGAAUCAAGGCUUUUUACAAGUUUUACGACGACAGCAAAGGGGAGUAUGAAAGAGAGGAGAGGCAGAUAAAAGUUCAGUUUUGUGCAGAUCCAGUCAUUCACUACGAAUCUGACAGCAGUGACAGAGAUUCACUCAGCAGCUCCACAGACAGGGAGGAGGACCUGAGCUCUGCAGACACAUCUGAAGAGCUGAGGGAGCCUGACGACACUCUACAGAUGAUACCUGUUUGUGAUCCCCCAAACAUUCAGCUGCAGGAGGAGCGUGUGCCGGACAACAUGACAGAGAAUGUACUGGAGAAUGUGACAGAGAACAUGCUGGAGAAUGAUCUCAGCAACACAAAAAUCUGUACCAGAAAACACAAGUGUCUUGGCAUGCUGAAACUGAUACUGAAGAUGGGUGUGGUAACAGGGACGGGACUGCUGAUGUUCUGGUUGGCCACAGACCAACUAGAAUGGCUCAGCCAAGCUUCCUUCUUCUGGGGCUAAAGCUAUUUUUUUUCUGGCCAUGAAAACAUGUUAGUAAGCUUACACAUGAUGAAAAAAAAUCCUAAAUGACACAUUUUGUAAGAAUGCAGUGUAAAGUGCUUGAUGUUGAAAAUUGUGAACCGUUAUCUGUAAUAUGCAAUUUUGUGCUUAAUAAAGGUCUAAUUUAGUUUAAAA